CCCCCCACUCUCCUUCCUUUCUUUCCUCCACGUUCAGCGACGAGGAUCGCUCUCUCUUCUCACGCCUGUCGACACUUCUUAAAAUCAAUUUUCUCCAAGGGCCCCUCUCUUUCUCUCCCUUAUUUUCUAUCUAUAAUCUCAGUGAUCUACUCGCAAAGAAGUCUCCUUCAGAAAACCAGUAGUUUCUGAGUCAUGGCUGGCCAAAACGCGCGGUUGAAUGUGGUUCCCACCGUUACAAUGCUCGGCGUAAUGAAAGCUCGUCUCGUUGGCGCCACGAGAGGCCACGCUCUCCUCAAGAAGAAGAGCGACGCUUUAACCGUUCAGUUCAGAGCCCUUCUCAAGAAAAUCGUAACAGCCAAAGAAUCAAUGGGAGACAUGAUGAAGACAUCCUCUUUCGCUCUAACCGAAGUCAAGUACGUCGCCGGCGAAAACGUCAAACACGUCGUCCUCGAGAACGUCAAAGACGCCACGCUCAAAGUCCGGUCCAGACAAGAGAACAUCGCCGGCGUGAAGCUCCCCAAGUUCGAUCACUUCUCAGAAGGCGAGACCAAGAACGACUUAACCGGUUUAGCUAGAGGUGGACAGCAAGUACAAGCGUGCCGUGUGGCUUACGUUAAAGCUAUCGAAGUGCUUGUCGAGCUUGCUUCUCUCCAGACUUCGUUCUUGACGCUUGAUGAAGCUAUCAAGACGACUAAUCGGAGGGUGAACGCUCUGGAGAAUGUGGUGAAACCGAAGAUUGAGAAUACGAUUAGUUACAUCAAGGGAGAGCUUGAUGAGCUUGAGAGGGAAGACUUCUUCAGGUUGAAGAAGAUUCAGGGGUACAAGAGGAGGGAAGUUGAGAGACAAGCGGCUAAUGCGAAGGCGUUUGCUGAGGAGAUGGUUCUUGAAGGGAUCUCUAUGCAGAGAGGGAUAUCGAUAAACGCUGCUAGGAGCUUGCUUGUUGGUGGUGGAGAGAAGGAUGCAGACAUUAUUUUCUGAGCUGAUUGCUUGGUUUCUAUUUUUUAUUUAUUUAUCAGAUUGAUGUUUCUUGAAAUAAAAUGGAUUUUGAUGUAGAUGAGAUAUUGUAUCUCAUCUUUGGAUUGUGCUUUUGCCAUAAUAUUCCUCGUGAGAUUUGUGAUUAUUAUU